AUGAAGGAUCGUGCCACGGGACGUGCUCGUGGAUUCGGUUUUGUUGUUUUUGCUGAUCCUGUUGUUGCUGAGAGAGUCAUUAAGGAUAAGCACAGAAUUGAUGGCAGGAUGGUCGAGGCAAAGAAGGCUGUUCCUAGGGAUGAUCAGAGCACAGGGAGUAGGAACAGUAGUCGCAUUCAGGAUUCUCCUGGAUCAGGGCAAACAAAGAAGAUAUUUGUCGGAGGUUUAGCAUCCACAGUUACAGAGGGUGACUUUAAGAAGUAUUUUGAGCAGUUUGGUACAAUCACAGAUGUCGUGGUGAUGUAUGAUCACAACACUCAAAGGCCUAGAGGGUUUGGAUUCAUUACUUAUGAUUCGGAGGAUGCGAUAAACAAAGUCCUGCUCAAGACAUUUCACGAGCUGAAUGGUAAAAUGGUUGAGGUCAAGCUUGCAGUCCCCAAAGAGUUAUCGCCAAGUCCUAGCCGAAGCCCUCUUGGUGGAUAUAACUAUGGUAUAGGUAGGAUCAAUAGCUUCCUUAGUGGCUAUCCUCAGGGCUACUCUCCAAGUACAAUGGGAGGAUAUGGAGUUAGGAUGGACAGCAGGUUCAGUCCAAUUGCUGGUGGGAGAAGCAAUUUCACUCCAUUUGCUCCUGACUAUGCUCUGGGCCUCAAUUAUGAACCUGGGUUAGGCCCAGCUUAUGGAGGAAGUGCAAAUUUUAAUAAUUCUCUCAACUAUGGGCGGUCACUAAACCCUUAUUAUGUUAAUUCAAGCUCAAAUAGAUUUGGCAAUUCUGUUCGGAUUGAUGGUGGGAAUGGAGGAGAUUCCUCUUUUUUCAGUUCAGGUGCAGGUACGGGUACCCGAAAUUUAUGGGGUAAUGGAGGGGUUAAUUAUGGAACAAACUCUGCUGGGUCUAGUAAUUAUGUGGAAUCUGGGAGUGGGAACAUUGGGGGAGGAACUUUUGGCAACAGUGGGGUUUGGGGUACUAAUUCAUUUCCACCACAAGGUGGACAGAACGUUCCAAGCCAAAUUGGAAAUUUUGGUUAUGGAGGUGGUGAUAACACUUAUGGUUUGGCAGGGAGAGGCUAUGGAAGAAAUAUUUCAACGAGUAGGGCCCCAACCUUAUCAUAUGCUGCAUCAACUGACAGCUAUGAUGGGGCUCUUGCUGAUCUGUAUGAUAGCACUUUGGGUUAUUUAGAUCCUACGUGGCAUUUCACAAAUUCUGAGCAAGAGGGAUCUGGUUCAUUUGGUUACGGAUUUGGAAAUGGGCCUUCUGCUGUUGCAUCUAAAAUUUCUCCUGGUUAUAUUGGCAGUGAUGGUGGCACCAAGAGACAGAUUGAUAGAGAUAUUGCUGGCUAG